AUGCCUUAUGUGGUUAAUGAUGAAGUGUGUUACACGUGCGGCACAAAAUUCGCCUAUCCGGGUCCAUGUUGUCCCAGGAAUCUGUGCCCAACACAUCGGAGUCCGAUAUGUGAUAAUUACGGCCGAACUUUUGUCAACGAGUGUGUUUUCUUCCGAAUGCAAUGUCUGGUGAGAAAGGCAAGCGGACGGGUUCUACUGAAGAGCCACGACGGGGCAUGCUUGGAUAAUGAACGACAACGAGAAGACUGUCAAGCUGGUUGUCUAUUCAGCAACGACACGGCUGUCUGUGACGAGAAUGACGUCACACAUGAAAAUGAAUGCAUGUUUGAAAAAAUGAACUGCCACCUGAGAAACGAGGGUAAACCGGAAAUUUUACUGCGUCACUAUGGAGAAUGCAUCCAGCCCAUGGGUGUGGCGACAACGGAAGCCAGUCAAAGUGACCUAUCAGACCUUACUGAAGGCAGUGGUGAGAGAGUGAGAAAGGAACCAGCUAGUGGCAACGUUUCGACAACUGCUGGAGAUGUGGAAUCACUUCUGCUGCCCCAGAAAUCUUCAUCAGAGUCCAAAGUAGAGAACGACGACAUGAAUCCGCUCCAGAAUCAGCUGAGAGCUGUGAAGGCACGUGCUGUGCCGUCGGUAUUUAUCGACGAUAUCGACUCACUGAUAUCAUCCGAACAGGCGGCCUUUGCUGUAGAAGCGACUGCACCAAUGAUUAGAACGAUUGAUGAACAUGGAACCAUCACAGCGGAUAUGAACUCGAAGACAGUCAUAUCCAGCGGUCUACUGUCAUCUGCUGUAGAGUUACUAGCUGAAUCGAUGCCGACAACUUUGCUGCCGAGAACAAUUUCAGUUUCUGCCAUCUUACAGUUUCAGCCAUUCGACAUGACACAACCGUGUUCGGCCGCCGAAUGUGACAAGGCGAGGAAUCCCGUCUGCGACUCAAACAACCGGACACACAAAAACAUGUGCCUGUUCAAGUUUUUCGCAUGCAAGGCACAUCGUCAUGAUGGCCGUAUCAUCGAGCUCGCCUAUGCUGGUGAGUGCAGGGCUGGAGUGGACUUGGCUGAAAUGGCGUGUCCUCCGUGUCCAAUAUUGCCAUCGGAUAUUCCAAUUUGUGAUAAUCUUAACAAGACCCACAGCUCACUGUGUGAUUUGGCUCGCUUCAACUGCCAACAGAGAAUGCGCAAUGAAGGGGAACGAGUGUUGGUUCACCUCGGUCAAUGUCAUUCUCGAACUCUCACUUUCUCGCUGAAAGUGAGUGGAAACGAUGAAGUAUGCCCUAAGAAUUGUUCAGCAGAGAGGAGGCCAGUUUGCGAUGCUCAAGGGAACACGCACAAGAAUCUUUGUUAUUUUCAACAAAGCGCAUGCCAUAUAAGAAAGCAAGGAAGAUCAGCUCCAACACUGUUAGCGUUGAAAUCGUGUCCUGAAGCAGCCCGCAAUUUCCCACAGGCAAUUUCUUCGGAAUCGGUCACGCUGCAGAAAUUUGGGCCUUCACCUCCUUUGGAACCGUCAGCUGCCACAAACUCGGCAUUCGAGUGCCCUCCACCUGUUUGUACGCUGGAGGGACAACCAGUGUGUGACACCCGAGGAGUUCUACACGAGAACAUCUGCGUCUUCGUCCAUGCACGAUGCCUCGCCGCUCGAUCUGGAGUGACGCUAUCCACACAGUCUGAGGAGCAUUGCCUUAAAUCCAGAUGCCGUGAAGAGUGUUCAUCAAACGAGAAGCCCGUGUGUGGAAGUAAUUUUGUCACAUAUAAAAACCUAUGCCAUUUCAACAAAGAGCGAUGUAAGGAUGAAUCGCUUUCAGUGCUAUUCUACGGCAAAUGCCAGGAAUGUCUCGCGACACCGUGUCCUCCGCCAGCUCCGAACGCUACAGAUGAUCAUUUUGUGUGUGACGAAGACGGCUACACUCGUACUGUUUGCGAAUUCCAAAUGUUGAGCUGCAUUUUGGAAAGGAGUGCUGGCAUAAACAUCAGCAUUCAACACCUUGGACGAUGUUGUGAACUGGAUCUAUCGUGUAACAGCGAAAAAUCGUCGCCGGUCUGUGGGACUGACGGUCGGACUUAUGCCAACAAAUGUGCGUUGGCUAUGGAGGACUGCCAAAACUCGAAACUGCAACUUCCUCCAAUAGGAGUUGCUCGUUUGGGAUCAUGCGAGGAAAUAGGUGAUUCAAUAGUCGUCGUUUCGAGCGAUUCCGAAGAAGUGAUCGAGAAUCUGGAUCGUCCAGCAACAGUGACUUCUGCAGUAGCAACGGGCAAGAAGUACACUGGAGGGUCGAGUAACUGCCCAAACUCGUGCGAAAACACGUAUGCUCCUGUAUGUGGCUCCGAUGAUAUCACCUACACUAAUAUGUGCCAUUUGAAGUUGGCACAGUGUCGGCAAACGGCACCGAUAGGACUGGCAUACAAAGGAGAAUGCUGCACGAUGGACUGCCCACAUCACUUUACACCUGUUUGUGACGACCAGGGUGUAACUCAUCAGAACUUGUGCUUCUUCGGCAAAGAGCGCUGCAUUGUCGAGAAGAUCACUGGAAGGAAUAUUACAAUCCAAAAGUUCGACGUAUGUGACGAAAACAAAUGUGACAAAGAGUGUCCGAUGACGUAUAAGCCUGUAUGUGCUUCUAACGGAGAAACCUUGGUCAAUGACUGCCAUCUCGAGAAAUUGAAGUGCUUCUUAGCGAAGAAGUUUUCUACCGGGUUCCUAGUGAAGAAACUUCACGAUGGUGAAUGCUGUCCAAAUGAGAACUGCGGCUAUGAGUUUUCUCCAGUUUGCGAUUCUCAAGGUGACACUCACGCAAACCCUUGUGUUUUCCGGCGAAACGCAUGUUUACAGCGUAAAACAAACAACGUUACAAUAAGCAUCCAAUAUAAGGGACUCUGCUGCAGUCGGCAGUGUGAGGAGCAGUACGCGCCAAUCUGCGAUGGCAACCGGACCCAUCGAAACCUUUGCGAGUUCAAAGUGGCUCAAUGUGAGGCGGAACGGCAUGGUCAAGUUCUUACGUUAGCCUAUGCUGGCGAAUGCUGCUUGAUGCCAAAAGGAAAGUGCGAAUCGACUGGAAGUGUUUGCGAUUCAGACGGUCAAACGCAUACGAACAUGUGCCACUUUCUACAAAAGAAAUGUAUAACGAGUAAAACAAUGAGAAAGGCGCUAUCAAUCAUUCACACAGGUGGGACUCUACCUCUCAUUCUAGGUGAAUGCUGUACGAUUGAAGUCUGUCAUAAGGAUGACUCGUCGCCUGUAUGCGAUACUCAUGGAGGAACGCACGCAACUAGAUGUCAUUUCCAAAACACCAAAUGUAUCCAUGACAAAAUUCAUCCAAACAGGCCAAUUAACUUCGCCUACAACGGACCGUGUUGCGCUAGCGAUUGCGAUGGCAUACCUGAUGAACCAGUAUGUGAUCAGCACGGCAAUGUGUAUAGAAGUCGAUGUCACUUCAAAUUCAAAGCCUGUGAAAGGCGACGACGGAUCAAUUCAAUAUUAUUGGAAACUCCAUGCCCCGAGCGUCGACUUGUUCGGAGCCUCGCAAAAAUGCGAUCAUAA